AUGACGGCCCCUGACAGGCGGCCCGGCCCAGGGGGGGGGGGCUUACCGUCUCGCAGGGCGCGGGUGGCGACCUCCCCUCCGGGCGGGCGGGCUGGCCAGGAGGCGCAGCAGCAGCCACGUGAGGAGGAGCAGGAGGAGGCGGCGGGCGGCCCCUUCCCGGGCGGUGAUGCGGCGGCUGGUGCUGGUGGCGGCGCUGCUGGCCAGAGCGCCCUGGCCGCCAGAGCCAAGGAGCGCAACCCGCUCUUCAGAACCACCAACAUGGACUACGGGAGGAAGCCGCCCACCGUGCACGAGAUGCCGACCUGCUUCCAUGGCAGCCCACAUGCCUUCUCAGAUCAUCUCAUCAAGUUUGGCAUGUACAGGAAUACUGGGAUCAACACCUCCACAGAGAAGAGCGAUGUGACAGGCCCGGACAACUUCAUCACUUGCUUUGACACCAUCAACUUCCAUCCCAGUUACAGGGUGGGCGGCCCCUCCUUCUGCGAGUAGCCUGUGGCCAGGGACCCUCCCCCUCGUUGGUGGGCUUCCUUGAGAGUCAUCAGAAAUGCUCCUGCAAACUUUUCAGAGGUUCCCCUAAAGGAAAUGCAAGCUGUGGCAAAGAAGUGACUUUUGGGGUUAGCAAAGUUUCUUUAGCGCCAUCACUGCCAUUACAGACAAUUAUGAAUUUAAAAAGAUGGACAGUUUCUUGUGUUGUGGGGCUUCACACUUAAUUCUUUGUUGAUUGUUUCAAAUGCACUUCAAUCAAAGAUUGUUUUUAUGGCUUUUAUGGGUCUGAAACACAAUGAGCAAACAGACAAGAAAAUAAAUACACUUGUGCAAAA